AUGGGCGAGUAUCAUCACGGUGAAACCGCCAGAUAUAGCAAGAUGCGCUCCAUCCUCAUCAUCAACCCCAAUUCCACCGAGUCUAUGACCAACGGCUUGAAGCCGCUCGUCGACGCCCUUCAGUUCAAAGAUACCGCACACGAAUACUUCACUGCGCCCUCGGGUCCCAGGAGCAUCAACAACGAAGACGAUGCGGCAGAAUCGGUAAAGCACUGCAUCACCCAUCUCAACGAGGCAGCCACCCGACACGAUGGCUUCCUUGUCGCAUGCUACUCGCAGCAUCCGCUGGUGCCAAUACUGAAGGAAGUGCCCGCGAUCAAAAACUCGAGAAAGGCAGUGACAGGCAUCUUCGAAGCAAGUGUCAGCACGUCGCUGCAACUUAUACAUCCUGAGGAGAGGUUUGGAAUCGUAAGCACGGGAAAAGUCUGGGAGUCCAUCCUUACACACGCCACAAUGGCCUUUCUGGGAGCUGAAGCAAGUAAGCGUUUUGCUGGAGUGGAAACUACGGGUCUCAAUGCGACAGACUUGCAUGAUGCCCCUGCCGAGCAAGUGCGCAAGAAAAUGAAGGAUGCUGUCAAGAGACUUCUACAAAAGGGGAAAGUCGGUGCGAUCUGUCUUGGUUGCGCAGGUAUGGCGGGCAUGGAUGAGAUGGUCAGAGAGGCAUGUGUAGAAGAACUGGGUGAUGACGAGGGCAAGACAGUCAGGAUAGUAGACGGAGUCAUGGCUGGCGUUGCUUGGUUAGAGGGCGCCAUCAGAGCUGGCUGCUAA